AUGGAGACCGUCGAAGCCGAGGACUCGCACAAGCCAUUCCCUAAACACAAGCCCCCACACCACGACCACCCUCUCGAGGACAUUCUUGUCGAGGAGGUUGAAAAGGAAGACUCCCACAAAAAGCCAUUCCCCGGCAAGAAACCGCCCCACCACCCCGGCCAUUUGCUUGCCGAGGAAGUGGAAGCUGAUGAAAAAAAGAAGCCAUUCCCCGAGCACAAACCCCCAAAGAAAGGCAACAAGCCACCACCGAAGAACAAGCCACUCCAUGAGGGACACAUUUUGGUAGAGGAGGUGGAAGAGGACUCGAAGAAGCCAUUCCCUGAGCACAAGCCCCCCAAGAAAGGUGAGGAGCCCAAGAAGGGAAAGGGAGAGAAGCCGCCACCAAAGCACAAGCCACCACACGAGGGACACAUUCUCAUAGAAGAGGUGGAAGAGGACUCUAAGUAG